AUGGUGCCUAACUCUCCUCUCCCUCUACUGCAAUCUCUCAGCUACUCGAUGGGCGAUCCUGCUACCCCGUCAUCCUUUCCAUGUCCUGCAACCCCGGUCACUUCUCCACGCAAGGCUGCUGCCGUCUCAGCGGGCAAGGAACCGAGCCCUCCUCCGGUGACUGAGGCCUUCGUGCACACACCUUCUGAUACUGGGGAGGUUGCGGCCUCUGGUUCCCUGACCGCUUCCACCGGUUUCGAUGACUUGCUUCCCCUGGCUGUUUCAACAUCUGCUUCUGUAGUAGCUGCACCAGUUGCUGCUGUGACUGCUGAGGGCGUUCCUGUCCUGAAGUUCAAGUUUCAAGCUCGUGUGGCAAACCCUGUCUCUAUUGACCCUCCUUCCAAUUCUGAUACCACGGCCAUGGAGGUCAAUAUCCCGCUGGCUACCAUGGUCGCUAAGCCCCCUUCCGCACUGGGCUCCAGUACCAUUGAGCUUUCCAAUAACAAUGAGGACAACAGUGACAGCAACGAGGUCCAGUACGUGGGUGGCAACAUUCCUAACUUGUCUCCGGCUCACCCAAAGAAGGGUAAGGGGCGUGGCCACAAACCUGCAAAGCCGUCCGGCAUGACUGCCAUGUUCGAGGAUCAGUACGUGCGCAUGCCGGUCCAUAUGUUUCGUGAUCGCUCUCUUCUGCCGACGUACCUCCCACUGUGGCAGAGGCCUUUCAUCGCUUGCUUGUAUCUCUACUGUUUAUCCUCCGAGAAGGUCUCACGUACGUGCACACUGAGCGAGUUCUGGCCGAAGUGUCACAAAUGUCAUCGCGACCACAAGGCCUGCAAAUGGUGGAUUCGCGACAUGGCCCCGGACGCUAAUGAUUCGGACGGCUGGCUUUCGCUGAAAAAGAUCUACCAUCGCAAUGGCUGGGCAGUGCCUAAAUCCCCUGAGGCCUCGGUGAUGGUGAAGGCUUCUUGCCACCAGGUUAGAUAUGACCGGAAGAUGCGCGACGCCAACACCGCUGAAAGCGAGAAGGUGACUGAGCUGGAGUUGCCUCUUGACACUCCCAUUGACGAGUACGAGGUUGCACUUGCUGCGGCACCAUGUCUUCUUCUGGUCAGCUCCCUGCCUGACAUGCCUGAGACCAAGUCGGAGGUCGAUGAUGUGUCCGAUGAGGUUGUAGUAAAGCAAGAGAAGGAAGCUGCUGGUCCUUCACAUCGUAACCUGGCUAUCCCGCCACCUCCGAGUGCUCGUCUCGACUGUCCUUCCAAGCAUCCUCACAUCAAUGAUUCUGAUCCUGAUGACAUCAUGACUCAGCAUUUUCAUGCCGGUACCAUCGUCGUCCCAUCGACUAAGGUCCUCAAGCCACGUUCGUCGAAAAGCAAGUCUCACAUCAAGGGCUCCUCCAAGACCGCGACUGCGAAAUUGGAGCCGUCUCGUGCUUCAGCAACUGCCAUUGAGCCUUCUGCAGCUAGCACACAACUCGAGCAAAUGAUUGAGCUUUCGCAGCAGCUCCUCGUGAAGAAUCGUGCCCUGAGGGCUCGCAGAUCGUGA